AUGGAUAAUUAUAUGAACAGAUUUUUCGAACGUUGUAAAUCAUCUGAAUUCCUCCUAGGAGUUCAGAAAUACUCCUUAUGUGAAAAAGGUCUAAAUGAAAAAUGUGGAAAAAAAGAUAAAAUAAUAAAAAAUGGGGAGUAUAAUGCUAAAAAUUAUGUAAAACAAAAUGAAUAUAAUAUGAUUGCAAGCAAAUUUGAGAAAAUAAAAAAACUAAAUCAUCCUAAUAUAUGUCGAUAUAUAAAUAUAAAUAGAAAAAAUAAUGAUUAUUAUAUAUUUUCGGAAUAUUACAGUUUGUCCUUAUAUGAUAUAUUAAAUGGAGAGAAUAAAAAUAUUGCACAUUUUAAAUGUCUAAGGAAAAUAUUUGGAAUUAAAAGCCAAGAAAAUAAUACAAAACCCUCUAAAAUGUGUGUAAAUAUGAAUGAAAAAUUGGAUGGACAAACAAAAAUAAUAAAUCAUAUAGUUUUAAAAAAAAUAAUAUAUGAAAUACUUAAAGGGGUUGAAUAUUUGCAUUCAAAGAAUAUCCAUUUUUUAAACAUAACGCCUUAUAAUAUUUUAAUAACAUCAAAAGGAAAAAUAAAAUUACACAACUAUUGUAUAUCUUAUUUAUUUGACAAUUAUGAAUAUAAUUCGAAAAAAAAAAACAAAGAAUUUUUUAGUAAAAAGUUAUUUCUUGAUCAUAUAAUGUCUAUGGAAAAUCGUAUGAUCAAGGAAAGUAAAUUGAGCAGUGUGCGAAAUAUUCAGUACCCUAAAUACUUGUCUGAUUUAUCAGAAAAUUGUGAAGAACGUAUUUUGAAUUCACCUUUGGCUAGUCUUAAUGAUAAAAAAAUAGAAAGAAAAAAAAAAAAAAAAAAAAAAUAUAUCUUUAUCGAAAAUUAUUUCAAAUAUUAUAAUUUUAGUGAGGAUAUGUUAUAUUUUGGGCCCUUUUUUAUUUUUUUGAAUCUUUUUGAAAACCAAAAAAUAAAAAUAAGUUAUGAUUUAUAUAAACACAUAGACAUAUUUAGUGUUGGAAUUGUGAUAAUUCAAAUAAUAAACGGACUAAUAGAUUUCCAAUUUAUAAUAGAUAUAUUUUUUUCUAAUUUUUUUUGUUCAAAAGUAAGUGAAGUUAUAAAUUCUGAACAAACCGAAUUUACAAAAAUAAAUAAUCAAUCCUGUGAUUCAGAUUUUGAACAAAAUAAGAAAACGGAUAGAUAUAUUAGAAAAUACAAAAAAAUUAAUAAAAUAUAUGAAUCGUUUAAAGUUGUUAAAAAUAUAUUACAACAACGUAUGAGCGAAAAAAAUAUGAACAAAUCAGAAGAAAACUAUGAUAAACAGAAACAGCUAAAAUUUUUUGUUAGCAGUCUAUUAAAAAAAGAUGAUGUUAUAAAUAGAAUUGAAAAUAUUUUUAUACUUUUAUUAUAUAUAAAAUUAUAUUAUACAUAUAUUGCUUAUUAUUCAAAUAGUAAAACAAGUAAGUUAAGAAAAAAAAAACAUAUAAGUUUGAUAAAUAUCAAUAUUUACAAAUUGUUUGAAAAUCGAUACACUAAAAAAAAAAUAAUAAAUGAAAAAAAGGAUGGCAUAAAAAGUAAAACUAGUGUAAAUAUAGAAAAUAGAAGAAAAGAUAUUUCUCAAAAUAAAAAGCAGCCAAAUAUAGUCUACAAAAUAAUUAAAAAUAUGGUGAACUAUUUAAUAAAGUAUAAUAUUGAUAUAAAUUGUAUUAAAUUAAUUGAAAAUAUAUAUACUGAAUUUUUUAGUAUAAAUAUAUUAGAACAAAAUGCGAAAGAAAUAUUUUUGACAAGUAUGAAAAAUGAGAAAAUAUUUUUUUUUAAUUUUUUACACAAAUGCUUAUUAUUAACAUAUAGUGAUUUUAGUGCCAACUCUUUGCUAUCUCAUUAUUAUUUUUUUGAAAAAAAAACAUUAUCAUUUAAAAAUAUUUCUAUAUUUGAAGUAGAUCAUAAUGAAAACAUAAAAAGAUAUAAGAAUAGACAAUGUCUUAGUUAUAAACAUCAGCAUAAUGCAUUUAUAUCAUAUUAUAUAUAUUGCACAAAAGAUGAAAAAAAUAAAUUAAAAAAAAAAUAUUAUAUCGAUAAAAAAAAUAUUUUUUAUUGGUUUGAUUUAUUAUAUAAGUAUAACUAUGAAGAAGAAUUAACUAAUUCUAAUUUUGUUUGGAACCCUUGUAAUAUUUUAAAAAUACCAUAUUUGUUUUAUAAAAAAAAAAAAAAUGAUAAAUAUUUUAGUAUUUCUUUAUUUUCAAUGUAUAAAGAAUAUAUAUUAAAAGAAUAUGUCGAAUUAUUUAACGAAUAUGAAUAUGUAGACAAAUGUGUAAAUGAUAUAAUAAGAAAAAAACAUAAAUGUCGAAGAUUUAAGAUUUGGGGUUAUCAAAAUACUAAUAAAGAUGGUAUUAAAUAUAUACGAAAAAUUCCUAUAAAUUGUUUUAAUUUGUUUAAAAAAAAAAAAAAAAAAAAAAUUAGGAACAUCAAACAGUGCAUGAUAAAUACUAAUAUAACAGAAAUAAGUAAAAGAUGUAAAAAUAUAAACUUCGAAAAUAAUAAAGAUAAUAUUAUAAAUGUAGAGAUACAACCUAAUUUAAAAAUAGAUAAACAAAAUAAUAAGAAGUAUACAUACGAAUCUGAUAGUAGCAUAUUUUCAAAUUUUUUAAACAUAUAUCAUGAUAUAAAAAAUGAAAAUUUUCGUUUUAAAAAUAUAAAUAUAAAAACAGUUGGAAUAUAUUUAGAUUCAUUUUUUGAAAUAAUAAAAAAUGCAUAUUUAUUUAUUAAAAAUAAUAAAGAUAUGUUUUGUUCAUAUAAAAAUCAGUAUAAUGAUAUUUGUCUAUAUAAUCGAAAUUUUAUAUUUAUUCACCAAUAUAGAUUAUAUAUACAUUUUCAAAAAAUAUUAAAACAUGAAUCUAUAAAUAAUAUAAAAUUAAUUAAAGAAGUUAAAUCAGGAUUUCCAUCAUUAAUUAGAAACAUUAUUUAUUUAAUUUUUCUCAAUUAUAAUUAUACCAUUUUAAAACAAAAAUCAUUCGAAAAAAAUAAAAAAUUAAAAACACACAUCAUAUUGCUUUGCCAGUAUAAUAGUGGAAUUACAAACAAAUUGAAAAAAAUUUAUUAUCCUGAAUGUAACAAUAAUUAUCCUUUUAAUAUUAUUUUAGAAAAUUAUGCUAAUUUUGAAGGAAAAGACAAUUGUUUUGAUAUUAAUAUGGAUGAAAAAAAAAAAGUUGUAAAAAGAAAUUUUUUUUUUUCGAAAAAAAUAAAAGAUGAAAACGAUUUAAUUGGAAGUAUAAAAUUUCAAAAAAAAGUAUUCGGAAUACUUGUGUUGUUAAGAAAUAAAUUAAAAGUAACAAGCCGAUAUUUGAAAUAUUUGGUUGUACCUAUAACUGUACUAUAUUAUGAUAAUUUUUAUUUAAAUUAUAAAUGUGUUCAAAAAAUAGUAAAAAACUACUUACUUGAUAUAUAUACAAAUAAAUAUAAUUUAUUUGAAUUUAUAUAUAUUUUUAAUACAUUGUUAAACUAUUAUAUUCCUGAGCUAGCUAAAUUUUUUUAUAAAAAUAAAAUAAAUAUUACAAAUAUUAUAAAAUCAUGGAUAUUAUCAUUAUAUUGUAAUUUUUUCGAUAUACAAAAUUCUUUUUUACUUUUAGAUUUUAUAUUAAUACAUUCACGAUCUUCUUUGUUAUUUAUAUCGAUAAGCAUAUUAAGUUAUUUAAAAAAAUAUAUUUUAAAAUCUCCCCGAAAUAAAAUCUAUCAAAAUAUUUUUACUUUAUCACAUUUGAUAAAUUUAAAUUAUAUUAUACGUAUGUCUCAAUAUUUAUAUAAAAUAUGUUCUAUCAUGUAUACUACAUUUCCAAGUCAUAACACAAAUCAUCAUAGUAUCUAUUCUACUGACAUUGAAAUAAAUAACAACAAUUAUAAUAUUAAAAAUAAUAGUAAAUAUAGCAAUCAUAUUAAUUGUCUAUCUUAUUUUAUGAACAAACAAGAAUGGAGUAAAUACUAUGUACAUAGAAAUACUUUCAGAUUAUACAAAAAAGUUGUUAAAAAGAAAAGAGGAUGCAAUAAAAAAUUUCCGAAAAAUAUAUAUUGCAAACAUUGUAGUUAUAAUUAUUCUACAAAAAAAAAUACUAAAAAAACUAAAUUGAUUAGCGAAAAUAGGUUAUAUUGUAGUGAUAUGAAAUACGAUAAAAAUAUUAACGUAAAUUUUUUUGAUAAAAAAAAAUGUAGUAAUUUGGUAAAAUGCGGUGAAAAAACAAAAUCGUCAAAAAUAGGCAAAUAUUAUGAAAAAUUUUUAAUGUGCUAUCGAGCAAACAAAUACAAAAAUUUACAUGAAUAUGUUUCAUAUGAAAAGAAAGGUAGCUAUUUGAAAUGCCAGGAAAAAAAUGAGGAAAUAACAAAAAAAAUAAAUAAUGUUAACAAUAGUAGUAAUCAUAAUGUGUGUUAUAAAAGUGAUUGUAGUAUUGCCAACAAAAUGGGUAUAUAUUACAGUAUACCAAAUAUUAAAAAAAAAAAAAAAAUUAAAUUAAAAAAUAUAGAUAUGAUAAGAAUAAUUAGCUUCCCAAUGUUUCCAUUUUUUUACAUUACAAAUUUAUCUAAUGAGUCAUCUCUCAACCAGUAUAUAAUUGUCGAUACACGUCCUGUCGAAAAAUUUAUGACCAAGCGAUUUAAAAAUUCUGUACAUGUUAAUGCUUUUUUUACAAAUUUUAAAAAAGGCAUUUAUAAAAAUUAUGUCAAUAGUGGUAAAAAGAGAUAUGAUAUCGAUUAUUAUGAUGAUCAUACUUUGGAUAAUUAUGAGUUAAAGUUUAAUUUAAAGACUAUAAUUCUUGUAUUUAGUGAUGCAAUCUUCGAUUUCGAUAUAAUACAUAAUUUUCUAAAUUUAGAAAUUAUGUUUGUAACUAUAUUACGUGAGGGAUUUGAAUAUGCCGUUAAUAAUUUACCAUCAAAUUAUUUUACAUAA